AUGGAGCGACCCGGUCCCACGUCUCCGUACCGCCCUCGGCAAUCUCGAGGUGUCAACGCUAACGCCCCGCCUCCUCUCGAGGUGUCGAAUGAGACGACUCAUAAGUCACCGUACCGCACUCGGCAGUCUCGAGGCGUCAAUGCCAACGCCUCCCCGUCUGUUCCGGAUCUUUCGACUGAGGGGCCUCAAAAGUCCCCGUAUCGCCCUCGGCAAUCUCGAGGUGGCAAUGCCAACGCCCCGUCUCCUCUCGAGGUGCCGAAUGAUUCGACGCAUAAGUCUCCUUACCGCCCUCGGAAGCCUCGGGAAACGAAUGCUACCGCCUCCCCGUCUGCUCCUGACGUGGCAACUGAGGCGACUCAGAAAUCCCCGUAUCGUCCUAGGCCAUCUCGAAGUGGCAAUGCCAACGCCCCGUCCCCUCUCGAGGUGCCGAAUGAUUCUUCGCAAAAGUCUCCGUACCGCCCGCGGCCAUCUCGAAGCGGCAACGCGAGGGCCGCGUCGUCUCCUCCCGUUGAGGCAACUCCCACUCCUGGCGACUCUGGCGAGGCUCCGCUACAGCUAGGGUUCCUCGCCACCCUUUCCAGGUCCAAGAAAUGGACCGACGACGAUCUGCCGGCGACGGACGCGCGACCCAAAUCCGCUGCCGCGAACACCUCCUCGUCGCACGCGUCGCAAGGGCCGCGGCCAAGGCUGACGCGAUCGAACGCGUCGACGUCGCGCGCGCCGCCCGCGGAAGGAUCGAGCCCGCACAGAGCAGAGGUUAAAAAAAGUUUGGAGGGGGAGGAGGAUUUGAGCAAGGUGGCAGGUGUGGCAAAGAAAUGGGUGAAGAAAGCAAAGGAUGAUAAGGCGAAAAAAGGGAAGGAUGGGGAGAGGGGAGGAGAGAGUGAGGAUGAUGAGGAGGGGGCGAUUGUGAGUUAUGGGACUCAGGUGAAAGACGCCAGAAGGGGUAUUGGGGGGUCCAAGGCGGAGGGAGUCAGUUGGGAGGGGUUGAAAGCGGCUGCAGGGUCGAUAGGAGGAGGGUUUGGGGAGGAGAGUGAGGAGAAAGAAGCAGGGGGAGGGGGGGGAAAGGCCCGCCCCAAGACUCCCCCGCUUAGCUCGUCACUCAAUGGUGGUACUUUGAAGGCUCCUCCCCCUCCCCCGCCCCCCCCUGGGGGCAAAGGACCUCCUCCGCCCCCUCCCCCGCCCUUUCCCCCCGGAGCCAAGGGCCCCCCUCCCCCGCCCCCGCCCCCAGGCUCCAAAGGCCCCCCUCCGCCUCCCCCUCCCCCAGGGCGGAAGGGCCCCCCUCCCCCCCCGCCUCCCCCAGGCGCUAAGGGCCCGGGGCCUCCCCCUCCCCCGCCUCCCCCAGGCGCCAAGGCCGCAGUUCCCCCUCUCCCUUUGCCUGGGUUCACGGGGAAGGGUCCUCCUCCGCCUCCUGGGGGGGCGUUUGGGGGGAAGCGCGCGCUGGUGGACUGGGGGGGCGUGACAAACGCGGAUGGCACCAUCUGGGCCUCAGAGCUUGACUUUGAUAUCGAUAUUGGGGAGUUGAAGAAACAGUUUGAGCCCAAAGCAGCAGCUCCUUUUAAGAAGGCAGAGCAGCCGGUGAAGAAGCAAGUCAUCCGCAUUAUCGACAUGGGCAAGUCGAGGAACGUGGAGAUUUCUCUUCGCAGCAUGAAGCUACAUCCGCACGACCUCGUGAUUGCAGUGCUGAGUGUCGACACGUCCACGAUAGGCGAGUGGUGUGACAGCCUGGUGGAGACUCUGCUGAAAUACGGCCCGGAUGACAAGGAAAAGAGGCUUCUGCGGGAGUUCAAGGGGAACGUGGAGGACUUGGGUCCGUGCGAGCAGCUGUUCCGAGCGCUGCUGGGAGUGCAGCGGCUGGAGCCGAAGCUUAAAGUGCUGCAGUACCGGAUAUUCCUGGCAGAGAGGGCACCAGAGCUUGCGGACACGAUCAAGUUCGUUACCCUUGUCUCACAAAAGAUCCAAGAGUCACAGAAGCUGCAGCACGUGCUGCUGGUGGUGCGGGACAUUGGCAACAAGCUUAAUGAGGGCACCAAGAAGGGCAAGGUGGUCGGGUUUGCUGCCAACGAUCUGAACAAGGUGGCCAACACCAAGGGCUUCAUGGCGUACCUCAUCAAGGUCCUGAGUCAGUGCCGCCCCGAGUGGCUCUACUUCUGGAAGGACUUCACCGAUGGGUCUCGGAAUCUGCUCAACGAGGCGAUUAAGGUGGAUCAAAAGGGACUGGCGGAAGUGAUUGGGGAGCUUGACAGAGGGAAGGUGCUUGUGGAGCGAGAGUUGAAGGAGUGUGAGAAGAUGGCCGAGGAGGAGAGGAAGAAGGAGGAGGAGAAGGAGAAAGAGAAGGAGAAGAAAGCGCAAGAGGGGGAGAAAGGAGAGGGAGAGAAGGAGGGUGAGGGUAAGGAAGGAGAGGGGGAGAAGGGAGAGGGAGAGAAGGAGGGUGAGGGUAAGGAAGGAGAGGGGGAGAAGGGAGAGGAGAAGGAGAAAAAGGAGGAGGAGAAAAAGGAGGAGGAGAAAAAGGAGGAGGAGAAGAAGGAGGAGAAGGAGAAGGAGAAGAAGGAGGAGGAGAAGCGGGAGGAGGAGGCAUUGCCGUUGAAGCAUGCGGACACGCAUCGAGCCAUGCAGCUGUUUUAUGAGGAGGAUGUCGUUAGAUGGCAUGCCAGCGUCCACAGUCUUAUGGGAGAAAUGAACGCCAGUGCUGAGAAUCUCGCUCGCAAGUUUGGCUCGGACCCUAAGACAACUUCCUUUACACUAAUGAGUUAA